UUUUUUUUUCUCUAAAAGCCGAACAACCACCGCGUUGGAGCCUAGCCCAUUAAAGUAGAGGUCCGAGUAAAUAGGUGGGCCGGGAGCCCAAAGCGGGGAUUGGCGUCUUGCCGUUGUUGUUGUUGUUGAUGAGGAUUGAGGAGUGAGGUUUUAGGGUUUCUCUUCUUAUUCUUCUUCUUAAAGUUGUUCGUUCAUUGAAUUGAAUAAAGAAGAAGAAGAAAUGGAGAUAAACUUGGGGAAAUUGCCGUUCGACAUCGAUUUCCAUCCCUCCGAUCAACUGGUUUCUGCUGCUCUCAUUAAUGGCGACUUUCUUCUCUACCGAUACAGCGCUGAUUCCUUGCCUCAGAGGUUGUUGGAAGUUCACGCACACACUGAAUCAUGCAGAGCCCUCCGAUUCAUCGACAAUGGCCGUGCAAUAGUGACGGGAUCACCAGACCAGUCGAUUUUAGCGACCGACGUUGAAACCGGUUCUCCUAUUGCCCGUCUGGAAGACGCUCAUGGGGAGGCCAUUAACAAGAUUAUAAACAUCAAGGAAUCAACCAUCGCUUCCGGAGACGACGGAGGUUGCAUCAAGGUGUGGGAUACCAGACAGCGUUCUUGCUGUAAUACUUUUAAUGCACACACUGAUUACGUUUCAGAUAUGACUUUUGCAUCUGAUUCCAUGAGGCUCUUGGGGACUAGUGGUGAUGGGACACUAUCCGUGUGCAAUUUGCGAAGAAAUAAGGUCCAAUCUCAAUCCGAGUUUUCAGAAGAUGAGCUACUUUCUGUUGUUAUCGUGAAGAAUGGUCGUAAAGUUGUUUGCGGAUCACAAACUGGAACUCUGUUACUGUAUUCCUGGGGGUAUUUUAAGGAUUGCAGUGAUCGCUUUGUUGAUCUGUCUCCAAACUCUAUUGAUGCGUUGUUGAAGCUUGAUGAAGAUAGGAUUAUUACUGGAUCGGAGAAUGGACUAAUCAACCUGGUCAACAUAUUACCCAACAGAAUUAUUCAACCGAUUGCAGAGCAUUCAGAGUACCCCAUCGAGCGCCUUGCUUUUUCGCAUGAUAAGAAGUUUCUGGGCAGUGUAGCACAUGAUCAGAUGUUGAAGAUAUGGGAUUUGGAUGAAUUAUUGCAACACCCAGGAAACAAUUUAGAGAGAGAAGCUGCGGCCGCAGACAACAACGAUAGCGAUAAGAUGGAGAUGGAUAUGGAUAUGGAAGUCAAUCCACCCAAGUCAAACAAAGGGACCAAGAAGAAAAAUGCAAGCGCAGAACAUAACUGUUCAAACAAUUUCUUCUCGGAUCUAUAGCAUAAUACGGUUGAAAAAGCUCUUUUGCUAAGGAUUGGUGUAUAUUCAGUUUUGAUUUAUUGUAUUCUAUUUUUCCUAAUUUAAAAUUUUGCUGUUU